UCAAACUCUGAACGGUAUUUGAAGACAGGUGCUCCCCUCGAGCUUUGAGACUGUGCAAAAUAAAAUCACAAUUCUAUUGCUCUACUUUGGCAUUUUACAACUAUUCGGUUGAUCAUACUACACACAUGUCAUGGCACCACAGACCUGGUUUAUUACUGGCUGCUCCAGCGGGUUUGGCGCAGAGUUCGUGCAUCAGCUCCGAGCGCUUGGUGAUAACGUUAUUGCCAGCGGACGAGAUGCCAAGACGAAGCUCGCACACCUCAAAGAUACCGGUGCCAGUAUUCUCGACCUGGAUGUAACAUCUUCUGAGGAUGUUAUUGCCUCGAAACUGGCGGAAGCUUGGGAAAUCUAUCCUGGAGGUAUCGAUGUCGUCAUCAACAAUGCUGGAUACAUUUUGAGUGCGCCAUUUGAAGAACUCACGCAAAAGGACUUGGAGGUAGUCUUCAAUACUAAUUUCCACGGACCGCUGAAUAUAACCCGCGCGUUGUUACCAAAGAUGCGGGCUAAAGGAAAAGGGACUCUUCUUUUCAUGAGCUCUCAAGCAGGAUGGCAUGCUGAUCCCAGCGCAACGGGAUAUUGCGCAACAAAAUUUGCCCUUGAAGGAGCUGUAGAGUGUCUCUCCAAGGAACUCGCAAUUUUUGCGCCGGGCCUGAAGGUACUGCUUAUCGAGCCUGGCUACUUCAGAACUCGUGCCUUCAGCAACAUAAGCCACAUUGACCCACGCAUUGAUGAUUAUGCCGAAUUCAACCUUGGUGUCAAAGCAUUUGAGCAAAGUCUUGUGGGAAAUGAGCCAGGCGACUCUACGAAGGCUGUCCAACGAAUGAUCGAAAUUGUUAAGGGUACUGGCAUGGCUACUGGGAAACAGAUUCCUCUGAGAAUUCCACUUGGAAGCGAUGGUUGGUCAAGAAUCAAAGCUGUGUGUGAAGAAACACUAAAGAUAUGUGAAGAUUGGGAGGAUGUAGCCAAGAGCACUGAUGCUAAAUAACCAGGAAUGAUCAGAGAGACGAAUAGCUGCGUG